AUGGCAACCGUGACGCUCUACCGCAGCGAUAAAGCCUGCUCCAUGCUGCCACAUAUUCUCCUCAAAUACCUAGAAAUACCACACGAGUGCGUCGCGAUGCGGAGAAGCGACGGACCGCCGACCAAACCCCGGCUCGAGGCGGCCGAUGGCAGCUUCUCGGCUGAGGACUACACCAAACUCAACCACAAGGGCGUCGUGCCUACACUCACCGUUCAGGGCAGCGAUGAUGGCAACAACAACAACAGCACCAAGACGGUCAUCACCGAAAUCGAGGCCGUAACGGCCUACAUCUCGUCCCUGGCCGAGGACAAGCACGUCUACGGCAGGACCCCGCUCGAGCACGCCAAGGUGGUUGAGUGGGUCUCGUGGCUUGCGGGUUCCGUCCAGGGCCUGGGGUUGACUCCCAGUCUAGCCCCGCUCAAAUUCACCACGGAGGAGGUCGGCCAUCCUGGGAUCAAGGAGAUGGGGAUGCAGCGCUUGAAAGCCGGCCUGGUCAGGAUCGACGAGAGACUGCGGGUCGGUGACACUCAAGGACUCGGGCUGGGGGUCGACGGCUACUUCACCGUGGCUGACUUUUACCUGUACAUUUUUUAUGUCUGGGGCUACUGGUUCAAAUUCAACAUGGCUGAGGAGUACCCGGCGCUUAGAGAUCUGGCCAGAAAGGUUGAGGGGCUGGAUGUUGUCAAGGAGGUUGUCCUGCAUGAUAAUCUCGAGCUUCAAUUCGCAUAA